AUGGCUGAUGCAACUGCUACGGAGUUGCUAUGCGGUGCUCCAGGAUCAUACCGGCGUCCCGCAAUCGUCCCGCAGACACGACCUUCGUCCCGCAAAUUGAUUGCGGCACCGGGUACUGCGUGCACGUCGCCCUUGAGACAUCAUACUGUCAAUAGUCGCAAGGUAUUUGGUUUCACCACUGGAGAACCUAACCAACACAAACCUCUCGUCAUGAUUUCGGAAAAGUUCACAACGAAAACUCUUCAGGCGGGCAGACGAGACUUCACGUAUCAAUAUUUCUGGCACCCAUCGGAAAGCACAAAGAAACCUACACUGGCCUUUUUCCAUGGAUUUCCAUCGACUUCAAAGGACUGGCGACGACAACUGGAGCACUUUGCGGACUUGGGGUUUGGUGUCAUUGCUCCCGACUUGCUUGGGUAUGGCGGAAGCUCGAAGCCUGACGAUGUAUCGGCGUAUAAUCACCGAGAUAUGGUCGACGACGUUAUCAAAAUCCUCGAUCAUGAGCAGAUACAUCGCUUCCACGGGAUUUCGCAUGACUUUGGAAGUCAUCUCAUGUCUCGACUGUACUGUUAUCAUCCAGAAAGACUGCUGAGUCUGACUUUCAUCUCAGUGCCGUUCAUGCAGCCCGGCGUUCGCUUUGACCUGGAAGCAGUAAACAAGAGGGUGAAGAGUUUGAUCGGGAUGGAGAAGUUCGCUUACAUGGACUUCUUCGCUUCGAGUGACAGUCCUCCCAUAGUCGAGGCCCACCUGGAAUCGUUCCAUUCACUCGUCUACGAACAAGAUGCAGACUUGAAAGCGGAAAACUUCUAUCCACCAGGCAAGCUUGAAGCUUGGCUAAGUUCCAACCGGUUUGGCCGGCAGAGCAUCGUCGACGAGGAGGAAAAAUGGCGCUGGCUCGCCGAGUUCCGGUCUGGCGGAUUCAGAGGACCAACAAACUGGUAUCGUGCAUUGCUAGAGAACAUACACUUGAGCCAGGAAAGCAGUGAUCUGGCUGCUGGCCGUAUGUCAAGCCACGUGCAGGUACCUGUGCUUGCGAUAGAUUCACAGCCAGACAAAGCCAGUGUCCCGGGUUUCAUGGAAACGGCAUUGAAAGCCAGUGCAUCACAGCUAAGCGUAAAGAUCGUGGACGCCCAGGGACACUGGCCGCACAUAAUUGCAAGUUCCGAGGUCAAUAAGCUCAUAGAGAGUCAUGUAUCUCCCUAA